UAUGUUGAGAGUUUAAUGAUAAAAAUAAUAAUCUUUUUCUGAAACUUUUAGGAAUAUAAUCGGUAUGGAUUCUUUAAAAUACAACGAAGAACGGUCUGUCGCAGUUCCGAUUUCCCGAGAAGUAGAAAAAUCCAAAUUAAAAGUUUGAUUUGCUAGAAAUGGACGAAAUCAAGAGUGAAGGCAUUCGGGAUUCUCACGCAUUCUUUAUCAACACAUCUUCGAAUAUCGUCGAUAUAAUCAACACGGAUAGCAGUAAAGAAAACCGCAGUGUAAUGAAACGCUUACGUUAUUGCUGCGAUAUUUGCUCGUUCCCGUGCCGUACGAAGGAAAAUUUAAAAAAGCACAUGCAUCUUCACAAGAAUACAUGUAGAAUAUGUAACGAGCUUUUCGUUACAUCGGAGAAGCUAGAGCAUCACAUGGUCGUGCAUCACGGCGAGCCUAAAUAUACCUGUAAACUGUGCUACUCUGUUUUAUGGAACAAGGCGGACAUGAAGAAGCACCUUGUCGUAAACCACUUAUUGGUAGACCCUUUCUGCAAUACGUGCACCACCUGCAAUAAGGAAUUCCAGUCGAAGUAUGCAAUAGAGAGGCACAUGUAUAGCCAGCACACAAAACUCUCGGUAGGAUGUACCAUCUGUAGACGUAUCUACAAUAGCUUCACCGCGUUGAAGGCACACACCAAGCUCAUUCACCUGAAGACUGGUUAUCAGUGUGAGAUUUGUAAGCGACGUCUUCACACCAUGGAUUCCCUGGAGAAGCACCUACGACGGCAUGAAGGCACGCGAAAUAUGGAUAGUUACAUUUGUACAACAUGCGGAGAAACUUUUCUCACCAAAAAUAAUUUAAAUAAACACGUGGUCAUCCAUGGCGACGUCAAUCCUUACAUCUGUCCGGUCUGCCAGAAGGCUUUCGACAAACGGGCGAAUCAAGUGCAACAUAUUUUGACGCACAUGAGUAACGUUUAUGCGUGCGACAUAUGUGGACUGAGAUAUUCGCGAAGAGCUGCCCUAUUAUGGCACAGAAAAAUGCACCCUGGACCGCUCGGAAAACUGCCGGUUAUACCCGUGAUAGGCAUCGUGAGUGAAUUUGUUAAGAAUUACAUUAGCAAAACGAAAAACUUACCAAAUACUUAAUUCGAAGUCUGACGAUUAAAUUUAGAAAGUACUAACUAAAUCAUUUAUUUAAACGUUACUUUUUUUUAAGAUAUAGAACUUUUUUGAAGAUAAAUUUUCAAUAUAAGUACGUGAUCUUACUAUAAAUGUCUUCAGUAAUUGCAAUUAUAGGAUAAGACGUCUUUAUUUUUGCUUGAGUAUAUUACGAAUUUCUGUUAAUGAUGUUAUGUGAUGUUAUAUUUUGUAAGAAACGCAGUUUGAUGUAUUAGUUCGUACAUGUACAGCGAAUUUAUUUUAAAUAUAUGAACAA